CAUCUAAACUAGCAUAGCAGUAUUGUUGAUAUCGCUGUGCUGAUGAGUAAUGAUUAUGUCAAGGCUCAAGGAUGGCUGCAUACGCGUGCACACCUUCACAGCUUCGCUAUCAACCACGAAGCUCGAACACAGUCGAAGGUCGAGCGGAUGACUAAAAAACAGGGCUGAAGCUUGUUCAGUAACGCAAGCCCUGAGGAUGUGGGAUAUGAGAAUAGAGUCAUGAAUGUGACUUAUCUAGGCGGCGGGCCAAGCAACUGUAGCAGCUAUGCGCUGUACAAUCGACUACAGCUAGCUAUGGACUAUCGGUACUAUGCCUAUGGGGUAGUAUGGGUGAUUUGCACAAACACUCGAAUGGCUGACGUUCCCAGGAACACCAACACAUUUGAGUCUUUCACUGGCACCCGCACGAACCGUUGUUCUUGACUUGACCGUGACAAGAAAGUUGGCUAGCAACGAGAAUGGCGACUCUGAAGGCCAAUAUACUGCGCGUAGGAGCAGUGUUUGCUAUAACACUGGUGGUGUUGCUGACUGAUUUUCACCGAUGCCAGGGUGCCCUAGCUAGCAGUAGUUCUGACACCUACCAUGGAUCAUCCUCGUUUACAAGUUUAUCCAGCCGUCAUCGACGCAGUGUUAAUGCCCCUCCUCCGAUAUUUGGCUCCAUGACCUGCAAGCGCCAAGGCAGCAAGGACGGUAAUGACUUCACACUCGUUACCGACUUCUUCAGCCUCUACAUCAACUUCUUCAACGUGCCAAGGGACGAGGCAGCGCAGGAAUACUACAGUGACAUGACUUGUGACGUGGAUUACACCGGACCGUUCGGAUCGGAGGUGCACAUUGAGUUUGCCGUGUGCCUCUUGGAACCUGUGACGUCACCCAGUGCAUGCGGUAACGACAUCAUUGAGUUGCAUAGGAUUACGAAGAAGGGGCAUAAGCAAGUGCAUCGGAUCUGCAAGGACCCGCAGAGUCACUACGGCACGGUCAGGACCAAUCACCUUCGCUUUUCUUUCCGAUCCGACAGCAAAGUGCAGAGCAUCGGCUGCUUUGGACUCUUCUUUCCCUUUCAUGGUGGAAAUGGCAUCAGCACCUUUGGCCGAAAGAAGAGGAACAUUGAACAACUCUAUGACAAGAACUCCGAGGCAAGGUUCCCGAACCCACGAUUUGGUGAAUAUUCAACUCGUCCCAAAUGCCGCACUUCCGUAUUGGAUUACACAAGGACUGCCAGCUGUGGAUUUAGCAAUGAUGCCUGGAAGGCCCCGCCUAGUUGUGCCAGUCCAGCAAUGUUUAUCAACGGACAGCUUCAACCAUCUACCAAUGGUUCCAUUGAGUCUGACGUGCUAGCUUCAACCUUCCUGCGUUGUACAGUGCAGGUACUUGAGAAGGAAUACGAGAGGUGGCGGGUCAUGUGUGAAGCUGUUAGAUGUCAGCAGUUCAACAUGCACUGCUAUUUCAAUGCCAAGAGCCUUGACUGCAACUUCUGUGACUACUACAAUGGCAAACUGCGACAGUCACGAUCAAGGGACAAGUAUUCCAUGCUGAACCCAUGGAAUAUCCUGUAUGAAAGCCGCUGCGGCGUUUUGCCACAUGACUAGACUCAGUGUGUAUAGGUACGCGGGGUUUUGCUUGGAAUAUCCACCAGCUAUAAACCAGAUCACGGGGUGUCGUUCCGGCGUGGUGCCCUGAGCUUUCUUGUUCAGGACUGCAGUGGUCAGUUGCUCUGCACUGCACAGUACACCAUUCCACUGUACAGCACUGCAUGAUGGACCAUUCCACUGUACAGCACUGCAUGAUGGACCAUUCCACUGUACAGCACUGCACAGCACUGCGUGGUACAGCAUUGGGACCGUAUGUAAAAUAAAGUGCAUGACUGAUGUAGCGAGGCAAAUACAUACUCAUUCAUCUUCUCCUUGUCAAGCCGGUUUGCAUGCAUAGUCGAUUUCGAGUUUAUGCAAGUACUUUGAAGUAUGCAUGGGUAUGUUAACAUGGUGUGAUAUUAAUUAAAACUGUGAUAUCCGCAGUAGUGUAGUGCACUUUAAUGCAACAAACUUCUUGCUGAUCAUUUCAAGCCAUGCGUAUCUUCAACAAGGCAUUUCUUUGGUCCUGGUACAUUGUACAUACACAGAUAGGAGAUCCCCCCCCC